AAAAACCAUCAUCAUCAUUAUAGUCAUUCGUCGCACUUUUGCUACUGAAACAAGUUGGAAAAACCCCCGGGCCCCAAGAGCAAAAAAAAAACAGUUGGUUCACUUGUAUUGCGGGCAUCAAGAAUCAGUUGCGACCGACUGUAGGCAGCGCAAUCCGAAAGCGACAGUAUAGUGCGUUAUAGUGGUUACUAGUGUAUUGGGUGGAACAUCAGUAGUGCACGGCGGCGUUGCGAUCCACGGUCAGUCAGUGCUAUUGGGUCGUGUUGUAACAACCAUCUAUCUGGACCUCAAUAAAAAGGAAACGCUAUAGGAAACAGUACCCCUACGAAGUGCAAAGGAACGUGUUAGUCGGUUCAGUGGCAGGAAACUAGUUGCAUUUAAUUGUUAGUGAUUUUUGUGUGUGUAAAGCGGUAGAUUCCGGUAAACAGGAUACAAUGGAUGAUCUUCCCCCAGAACAAGUCGCAAUUUUGCAAAAGGCCUUCAACAGUUUCGACCGUGAUAAGACUGGCAGCAUCUCGUCCGACAUGGUCGCUGAGAUUCUGCGGCUGAUGGGACAACCGUUCGACAGACAGAUCCUCGAGGAGAUGAUUGAGGAGGUCGACGAGGAUAAAUCCGGACACAUUGAAUUCGAGGAGUUCGUCACGCUGGCAGCCAAGUUCAUCGUUGAGGAGGACGAAGAGGCGCUGCAUAAGGAACUGAAGGAAGCGUUUCGUCUGUACGAUAAGGAGGGUAACGGCUUCAUUCCAACCUCGUGCUUGCGUGAAAUUUUACGGGAACUAGACGAUCAGCUGUCCGAAGAGGAUCUGGACAUGAUGAUCGAGGAAAUCGACUCCGACGGUUCGGGAACGGUCGAUUUUGAUGAGUUCAUGGAGAUGAUGACUGGUUAAACCGAAACAACUCAAAUUCUUCGCAUUAUCCGAUUUCGUCAGCUCGCGUAACAGCCGCGCAAAUACCCUUGAUGAAGCUAUCAUUCUCUUUUAUAUAUUAUUAUAAAACACGCAUAUUAUACAGAUCGCAUUGUUGAAAGGAAAGAAAUGUAAAUCUUCACGUCUAAAGGAGCAUGAAGCAUCUGUUUGAAUGUAUUGUUAUUUUACAAGAGUUCUUAGCGUUAGCAAUUUUGUAUUAUGUCUGAGAUUUAAAAAAAAAUUAUGAAAACCACUUUUCCGGUUAUAGUUUGCGAAUUCGUUCGUUUACUCUGUUAAGUGUGCCAAACUCGCCAACACUAUUCGUAAUCUUUAAGUUCUAUAGGCCAAAGCGACACAAUCGAAAGCUUCGGAUAUGAAACCUACUAGUAUAUUAUACAAUGGAAACUUUGAAAAUCUCACAAUCUGUUUUUAUUUUUAACUGUAAUGUAGCAUUGUUUGUAUCUGCUGAAUUCCCAUGUCUAAUAGUAAAUAAAAACAAGUUCAAAUGAAAA